UUCGCGGGUGCCAGAAUGAGCAAGAGAGCAGCUGUAUCUGUGCGAAAAAACAGAGUGGAGAUGGAGGCCCUACCUCACCAGUGUACUAAAGAAAUGUGUGAAGACAUAAUUAAGGAUACCGAUGAAGAUGCUGAGGAGGAAUUCCCUCAGCCUAUCCCUUGGCAAAAGAUCGAGGCAGAAGGGUUGGACUGUGACUAUAGCUUACUGUUCUCCAAAGUGGAAGCUGACCGGAUUUUCUACCAACUGGAGGAUGAGGUGGAGUAUUUCACAGGUGACAAGGCGAAGGUGCAGGUGUUUGGGAAAUUGCACAGUGUUCCCAGACAGCAGGCUACUUAUGGAGAUGAAGGGCUGAUGUAUUCUUUCUCUGGAGUGCAUCUUCUAGCCCGACCAUGGACACCUACGUUGGAGUAUGUCCGUGAUGCUGUCACCAACGUGACAGGGCAAACCUUUAACUUUGUCUUGAUAAACAGGUAUAAAGAUGGCCUGGAUCAUAUAGGUGAGCACAGGGAUGAUGAGCGGGAGUUGGACACCACAUGCCCCAUUGCUUCUGUGUCUUUUGGGGCUGCCCGUGACUUCAUCUUCAGGCAUAGUGAUGUGCGGGGUGGGCAAAAGAAACGCAAGAUCAAGCCUGUGAAGUUGGAGCUGGCACAUGGAAGUCUUCUGCUCAUGAACCCUCCCACCAACACAUACUGGUACCAUAGCCUCCCCGUCCGGAAGAAGGUGAAGAUUCCACGGAUCAACCUCACCUUCAGACACAUUGUUCAGGGGCACAAAAGUACGAUUAAAAGGGAAUGAUUGUUUGUGAUCGUGUCUGACACCAGAGUGGAGUGUUAGGAACUUUAUCAUUUUCAUUCAAGUCUUUGAGUUUAAGCACUUAACAGAAGGUGGCACAAUGCUGAGUCACUGUCUUGUCACGUUUUGUUUUUGUCUUGAGUGUUGAUAAUGACUGAUGUACAGUACUAUUACCUUUGUAUUCUAUAACUCCAAAAGUUAUUGUGAAGGUCUGGUAAACAAAGAAACAAAUUCAGGAUUACUCAAAGGAAAUGUAUUUUUCAUAUAAAACCAAAAACUACAUGUGGAAUAAAUAAAUGAAACACAACCAUACUUCUGUACAAGACAUUUCUAAUGCAGAGUGAAAAAAACACAAAAAAAAAAACCAAAGGAAAAAAAAAA